AUGCAAUCUUUCUUCCCCCCCACUCACUCUCUUCCCACCGCUCACUCUCUCCUUCCCCCACUCACUUUCUGCCCUGCUGCUGACUCUUCUCUCCCCCACUCACUCUCUUCCCCCCCGCUCACCCUCUUUCCCCCCUCUCACUUGCUUCCCCCCUGGUCAUUUUCUCCCCUCCUGCGCUCUCUCUCCCCCCCUGCGCACUCUCUCCCCCCCUGCGCACUCUCUCCCCCCCUGCGUACUCUCUCCCCCCCCGUACACUCUCUCCCCCCCUGCGCACUCUCUCCCCCCCUGCGCACUCUCUCGCCCCAUGCGCACUCUCUCCCCCCCCUGCGCACUCUCUCCCCCCCUGCGCACUCUCUCCCCCCCGCGCACUCUCUCCCCCCCUGCGCACUCUCUUCCCCCAUGCGCACUCUCUCCCCCCCCUGCGCACUCUCUCCCCACCUGCGCACUCUCUCCCCCCAUGCGCACUCUCUCCCCCCCCUGCGCACUCUCUCCCCCCCUGCGCACUCUCUCCCCCCCUGCGCACUCUCUCCCCCCCUGCGCACUCUCUCCCCCCCUGUGCACUCUCUCCCCCCAUGCGCACUCUCUCCCCCCCCUGCGCACUCUCUCCCCCCCUGCGCACUCUCUCCCCCCCUGCGCACUCUCUCCCCCCCUGCGCACUCUCUCCCCCCCUGCGCACUCUCUCCCCCCCUGUGCACUCUCUCCCCCCAUGCGCACUCUCUCCCCCCCCCUGCGCACUCUCUCCCCCCCUGCGCACUCUCUCCCCCCAUGCGCACUCUCUCCCCCCCCCCUGCCGCACUCUCUUCCCCCCUGCUCACUCUCUCCCCCCCUGGUCACUUUCUCCCCGCCUGGGCUCACCCCUCUUUCCCCUCUGUUUACGCUCUAUUCCCCUUCGUUCAACUCCUCCUAUACAUGCCCUUCUGUACCUCCUGCUUAUUUGCCAAACCCCUUCCUUCCCCAUUCCUUCACACAACCAUGCUUGUACAGGUGCCCAGCACCAAGGGUUGCAGGUUUAUUGCAUGCAUUGCAGCAGACAGUUGCUGGUUUUGUGCAUUGUGCCUAUAA